CAUGAUAAUUCCCUGCCCCCUCUGUAGCUGAACUGAUAAGAAUGGAAAAAGAAUUAGUAUCAAACUUCUACUUCCAUGCCAUUGUUUUGUUCUGUUUAUCAUAAGCUUAGAUGAUGCAUUUAAUGACUCUAAAGACGGCUUCGUUCGACCGAGAUGUUAUAAGUUUCUUGAUUGUUUAUUCAUACAUUCAUCAUCUUCAAGCCACCAUCUGAUCACUAACUCACUUGAAAACUAGGUUUCCGUACAAAGCUCAAAACCAUGGACCCACCUUGUCCAGACGAUGAAACUGAUUCAGGAUUUCAGCAAUUCAUUUGGGACCAGUUUGAGAGGAUUCAACAUGAUUUUGAAGAGUUUACAAAUGGAAUCCUGCCAAAUGUGGAAGACUCAAGCGAUCCAUAUUUCACAAACAUAAAUGAAGCAAAUUCUAGGCUUCCGGAAGUCACCAACCACCAGUUGGCUAACCUUCUAGAGAAUUUUGAUGAAUUUGAAAAGACAAUGAUUCCUCCAUAUGAGAUGAAUCCCACAAGUGCUCGGGACUUCAGUGAACAGAACUACGGAGGAGAGAAUCAAGAAAGUUAUAAGGUAACCCAGAAUGGAACAGAGAAAGAACAGCAGUUAGUAACGGAAGGUACUGGUGAUUCCAAUAAGAAUAUGAACAUCACAGGUUGCACGAGUCAUGGUGGUACUAGUGGUGAUAGCCAAGCGGGUAGCCCAUUUCAGACAUUGGCAAAUGGGACAACUUAUGGAGGCGCCUGUGGUGGGGGAGGAGACCGUGAUGGUGCCGCUGGUGGUGGAGUGGCAAGAUCUUUCAUGAAAUGUGGAUUUUUUGUCCAAUGUUACGACAGAGUGAACAUUUGGCGAUGGAUGGGCGGGAGGGCAAGGGUCACAGCCAAGACUCGGCAAAGGAGGAAGAAAAAAUAUAGAAGGGUUUAUGAGACUGAAGCAAUGACCGCCCUCAGACUUCGACGUCAAAAGAUCAACAAUAUAGCAACAGCUGCCCUCAGACUUCAACGUGAAAAGAUCAACAACAGAGCAACAGCUGCACGAUCCUUUGAACAGAAACAGGUGACUUCCCAACAGCUUCAGACCAUUUUAUUCUUAUUAUAUUGCCCUAAUUGUGGUAACUCUAGACACAUUAUUAAAAGCUAAAGAUUAUAAUCCCAAACAUAGAAGGCACCUAAGUAACAUAACUGUUAACUUCCUAGUGUUUUGGCAGUUAAAAACUUAUUGUCAAAUAACAUAUUAGAAUUUGCUAGUCCAAAGCUUGUACUCAAUGAACAUAUUCUAGCAUUGUGAGCUACUAUGCUUGUUCCUUAAUUGACAGGAAGAUGGAGUCCCCGUUAAACAACAGACUCAAACAAUUUCUCACCAGGCUUAUGAUGUCCAGCUACAGGAACAGAUUCAGAAGCUUACCAAGUAGAAUGCUUAUCGCAACAAGAUGCUUACGGUUCAGGAAGGUACGAUGGCGGUAGAUAUACCUCAAAACACCCUAAGGAAGACCAUAUCAGGACCUAUGUCGAACUCAGGUCAAUUUGCAGAAACAAUUAAAUGUCUAGUGACAAACCUGAAAGAAAUCACUCUUGCAACAAAAAUAGUCAAUGAUGUAAUGUAACAAAGAGAAAAGCAAGAUUAUUACUUUUCACAUUGGAGGUGAGAGUUAACUAUGC